AUGGCGUUCAAGCGCAGUCUCCUCCUUCUCGCACAUGCUCUGCUAGCCCUUGGCACAGAAAACCCACUAGUCGCUCACACAACAUCCGGAACUUUCAGCGGUUCUACGACCUCAACUGGGCAGGACCGCUGGUUGGGUAUACCAUUUGCCCAACCUCCACUCGGUUCUCUCCGCUUCAAAGCUCCGGUUCCUGUUAUGAAUCCUGAACCUGGCGUUCGGAACGCGACGGUCUUUGGGGAUGCCUGUCCGCAGCUACCGUCAAGCGUGUCGGGAGUACCCAUCUCGGAGGAUUGUUUGUAUCUCAAUGUGUGGCGUCCAAGUGGUAUAAAUGCCGACGAAAAGCUUCCAGUGCUGGUAUGGUUCUACGGCGGCGCUUGGACACACGGAUACACCGGUGAUCCAGAGUUCAACCCAACCUACCUGCUUCAGCAAAGCGUUGCAAUCGGGAAGCCGAUUUUUUCGUCUCGGGCCUAUCGUGUCAACACAUUCGGCUUUCUUGCUAGCCGGUUUGUUGCACCAGAAGACUUGAAUGCAGGACUACAUGACCAGCGCGCUGCCCUGGCAUACCUACAAGACAAUCUACACGUGUUUGGAGGCGACGCAUCCAAGGUGACUAUCUGGGGACAGUCGGCCGGCGCAGGUAGCUCCGAGGCGCACGUCCUAUUCCCUCCUUCGCGACCACUCUUCCGAGCUGCCAUCUUCGACUCCUCCACUGGACCAUUCAAAAAUUCUCCCCCAGCAGCCCGCUAUGAUGAUCAGGGCAUGCCGUACGCACGUUUGCUAGCCAACGUCGAAUGUGCUUCUGGUCCAGAGUCGCUUUCUUGCCUGAAGAACGUUCCAUUUGAAGAACUGUGGAACACCACUUCGUCCAUGACAGUUGAGAUUGUCAACAAUCAACUCUGGGAGCCUGCGGUCGGUCCACCAGGAAGCUUCGUCACCGAGCGGCCCAGUUUGCGCGUGCAGAGCGAGAACUUCCUUCGAGUACCCGUCCUUGCCGGCACAAACUUGAACGAGGGCACGCAGUUUGCCCAAGCGGUGCGCAACCUAAGCACCCCAACUGACCAAGAGGACGCCGCAUUCGACGCAUACAUCAGGGCGCUCCUCAUCGACCCUGCCCCGGUGACCCAAGACGUCCUCGACACGAUCCAUGCGCUCUACCCCGCGAACGACCCCAGCCUUGGGGCACCAUUCAACACUGGAGACUCGCUCUUCGACCGCGCCUCGGCCUGGUACACGGACAACAUGUUCCUCGCACCCCGCCGUCUUUUCUCCGAAGCCGCUGCGCCACAUCAGCCCGUCUUCGCGUACUUCUUCACCGAAUUCAUACCCGGACAAGACCCCACCCGCGGAGUGUUCCACGGCGAGGAGCUCCUCCUCCUCUUCGGACAGUUCCCCGACGUCGAGGCCGAUUUUGCGGCACAGCUCGCUCACUUCUACAUAAACUUCGUCACCGAUCUCGACCCAGGAGCUCCGUGGCCGCGGUACGAUUUGGAAACGCGCAGUGUGUUGCAGCUUAUGCGCGAUAACGUUACCGUCAUCAAAGACGACUUCUUCGCGGAGAAGAUCGCGUUCUUGAACUCGCCCCGGGUGCUCGCGCAGUUCGAAAAGUAG